CAUUGCUUUUAUAAUUCAGUAAUUUGUAGCAUAUUGUAGAGUGUAAAUUACAAUUAUUGAUAUGCAAAGUAAUACUGUUCAGUCCUAAUCCUUGUAUUUCGUAUGUUUCUUUUGGUCUUUAAACUACCUUUCUAACUUUAAUGUAAUACUUAGACUACUGGUGUUCUAUAGGCCUAUUGAUAAAAUAAAAGUAAUACUUUGAGCAUUGUGUCACUAUCACAGGCUAAACAACCAAACAGUGCCUUCACUAACAUCGCUUUAUGAUUUAUUUGUAGCCUACUGUAUUUAAAGGGUAUGUGUAUAAUAAUUGAGGCCUGUGUAACACUUCUGUUUAGUCCUAACAUAAUCCUUGUAUGCUUUAUGUUUCUUUUAGUCUUUAAAUUUGAAUGUAAUACUUAGACUACUGGUUUUCUGUUUUUAAUAAUUAUUUGAGCAUUGUUUUGCCUCCUCUAACCACAGACUUGUCUUUUCUCAUUGUGCACUGAGUCUGCCUAAUUUUUAAUUUCAUAGUGCGCAGAUAAACUCGUCUCUGAUUGGAUAAUGACGUGAGGCGCGGGAGACGCACGAGCUCUUCGUUCACUGCUGCGGUUGACGUCAAUAACGAGCGAGCAAGAGUAGCUUAUAACUGAGGCAGAAGUCUUCGGAACAUUUAUUUAAUUUUAAAAGUUUUUUGUACAAAUCUACAAUUUUAAGUUUCUAGAGGGUCUGCUGCUGUUCCAUCGGAAAAUUUGAAGUUAGCACGGUAAGCGUCACAUGUAAUGCUGAAAGCGCAUGGUGUAAGCUAGCACCAGUCGAUAUUUAAGACCAGUAGCUAGCUAAAUCAAUGCGUGAUAACUUCGUUCAGCUGAAAAGCACAGGAAAACACUUGAAAUGAUCGCUUGUGUCUUUUGUAAAAAGAAAUUGUAUACAUUAAAAGGCUAUGUACUACAUUGCAGAGUGCAUAGGAAUGAGCCCCGUUGUCUUUUUAAAUGUGUUGGCACCAACUGUAGUCAAACGUUUACCACUUAUUCAGCUUUCAAGGGCCAUUUUUAUCGUGUGCACAAUGUACCGCAAGCUGCUCCUAUAGCUGUUGUUGCGGAUUUAAAAUGCGCAGUUUCAUUAUGUGCCCGCCAUUUUCACACGGUGAAAGAGCUAGUGUCUCACUUAAAUGAUCAUAUUGGAGAGGGCAGGUCUGUAUCAUGUCCAGUAAGUGGUUGUAAGCACGUGUUUACAAAAAAGUCGUCAUUUACUUCUCACAUGUGUAGGAAGCAUAAAGCGUGCUCCCCAGAUGGUAUCGAUAACAUGUACAGGGAAACUCGCCCUCAGCCCCCAGAUGUCAUUGCCAGUACAGAUGAUUCAGAAAACGCACAUGAAGCCAUGCCAACAGCUAGUGCAGCCAGUGAUAUGCCAGAGAAUGAAAGUCAGUCUUAUCUCAGAAACAUGUGUCUCUUUUACCUUAAACUGCAAGGACAGCUGCUUAUUCCUGCCUCUACUAUACAGACUAUUGUUGAGGAAAUGCAAAAUGUGCACGAGUUAGGUCGAGCCUAUACAAUAACUAAAGUAAGUUCUUUUUUAAAAAAUGAUAUGAGCCUAUCAGAUGAAGCAGUCUCUAAAAUAUGUGACUGCAUUAAAGAGUCAGAUUUGUUCUCUGCCUGUCAUCAGGGACAAUUAAGAACAACAUACUCCAGAAAUCAGACAUUCACAAAACUGUUUAAAUACACGGAACCCCAAAAAGUGGCAUUGGGAACGGAUGAGAACAUGACACAAAAAUUUGCUUACUACAUACCACUGGCACAAACUCUGAAGAGCUUUUUACAGUCACAUUUAGGGAGGACUACACAGUCACAGCAGUUUGGAAAUCCUGAUGUAGAGGUUUUUACGGAUAUAUAUGAUGGCCAAAAUUUCAAAUGUCACCAGUUCUUCAAUGAAAACCCUGAAAGCCUCAAACUGGUUUUGUACCAAGACUCAUUUGAAAUUGUGAAUCCCCUGGGUUCUGCUAAAAAGACGCACAAAGUUCUUGCAGUCUAUCUUUCAGUAGCAAAUUUACCCAUUCAUUUGCGUUCAAAUACUGAUAAUAUGUUUUUAGUCUCGUUGUGUGUUGAGAAUGACCUAAAGCGUUUUGGAGUAGCCAAAGUUUUCUCAGAGUUGUUGGCAGAUCUGAAAUCCUUGGAGACGGAUGGAAUAUAUGUAGAUGGAGAAACAGUAAAAGGAGGUCUUUACUGUAUUGCUGGGGAUAACUUGGGCUCUCAUUUCAUAGGUGGGUUUACAGAGAACUUCAGCCGCUCUCAAUAUUUUUGCAGGUACUGUGAAAUCACAAGAAGUGAGUUUGUGGCUGAUCCGAAUGUCUGUGGUCCUCCACGCACCCCAGAGACAUAUGACGCAGCUGUUGCUGGUCUCCAGGCUGAAAACAUCCAAGGCGUCAGAGGAAUAAAGGUGGAAUUUUUUUUCUUCAGUGCAAAUAUGACCGACUCAGGGCGAACCUUCCUAGAUGUCGCCAUCAUGGAAGCCCUACCACAACUUCAAGCAAUUAACAAAAACAUCCUGGAAGAGCACUUGCAGUCCAUUGGAGUAGAGACGUAUGAUGAUCUACGCUUUGUAACGGAGGCUGAUUUGAUGACAGCAUUAAGACCUGUAGAAGCCAGGAAGCUUCUUUCUGUUUGGAAACGGAAAUACCACACUCCCGAGAACAGCUCAGUAUCAUCUGUGGAAGCCUCAGCUACCCAAUCGCUGUCAUUUCUCUCUGUCUCACCCCGAAGUUCAUUGUCAACCUCCUCCAGCAGCCCAGGACUUGACACACAGUGGGACGACAACUUUGAAAUUCCAUGGAGUAAAUUUCCUGAGGAAGUGAUGCAGUCUUUAGAGAGGGGGAAAAGGCCAGGCCCAAAACUAAGGAGGCAAAUGGUCCGGAUUGUUGUGACUGAGAUGAUGGAAAAAUGCCCUCAUGUCGGUAAAAAGCAUUCAACGGACGUUGCAACAAAAAUGGUGGCAAAAUAUCCCAAUUCUCUCCAAGAUGUUAUAGAGGGCGAUAUUGUUGGAACAGGCUACCAUUCCCUUGUCAAACAGUUGCAAAACAGAAUUGAAAAUGUGAGGCGUACUUCAACACCCAAAAUAAGAAAAAGAAAACAUCAGAAUGAUGACUCCGACACAGACGAGAUCCCAUCAGAAGAGAGAGCAGCAAUGCAGGACACUUAUGGAUGCAUUAAAUGGAAUGUAAAAUUUCUGCCCCUUGAAGAAACUCAAGAGACCCAGCAGCAAAAGAUGGAAAAACUCAAGGAGAUGUUCCAACACUCUGAUGCCAAUCCAGAGGAGGUAAAAUGUCUAAUGAAGUCCACGUUUUACACACAGCGUCAACUUGUCAACCAAGGAAAAAGUAUCAAAUGCCUUAGAGAGGAGUGGCCGUUUUGGUUUGAUGAACUUGGCAUGUCAGUCCACUUCAUUGAACUCACUGGGAUUGACCUCAAAGAGACAUUCACACGAAAUUUGGAUUUGAAGGGGAAAAGGCUUCUCGACUACAUGACCACAGUUUGUGUCAACAAGAGCAAGAAGUUCCUUCAGAAUUAUGCAAGACUUCAGAGGGUGCGUGGACUGCAGAGUGUCUGCUCAGGUGAUGUGAUAGAGAUGAUCCUGCUUCUGCUCAGCUACUUUGAUGAGAAGGAGGAGUCCAUGUUCUUCCAUGUAGAAGAAACAUGUCUGGCAGAAGAGGUCCAACUGGAGCAAGUGCCUCUGACACCCGUUGUUAUUGUCUGUGGACAGUCCUGCUAUUCCUCCACAAGGUACAUGCUGAGUCUGGAUCGGAACCUUAUCAACACAAACAUCUCCUCCUUCAUUUCUGCAUUGUGCCUCAUGUUCGGAAGCUACUACUGUUUUAAUGUUCAUUAUCCAUCUGAGCUGGCUUCAACUCUGGAGUUUCUUCAAAGGUGUUUUUUCUCGAUAAACCCAGAAAAAGGAACGAAAGUAGAGAAUAAGAACUCCAAGCGUCGUCUCAACGUGAACCCUCGAGUCCUCACCCUGAUACAGGAACUCUCCGAUCACGAGUGGCGUUAAGCCUAUAUAUGGACUCUUUCUGUGGACUCUGACUUUUGUAGAAGAGGUACUGUUAGUUGUAAUUGUUUUAAAGUCUUAAAGGUGCACUAAUGUUUUCUGAUAGAGUCUGCCACCUGCUUGUUUAGUGAAGAUGUUCUUGCUUUGCGGUAAUGUUCAGAUCUAACCUGUAACUUGGCCUGUUGGCAUCACCUGAUUGUCUACAUGGAUAAGAUUUAUGCCAUACUGUGUAACAUUCCAGACAAGGAGAGUGUGGGGUGGUGUUGUUGUGUGCCUGGCACACAAACUUUGUUCAAAACUUUGUU